ACUAACCCGGAAACAGCAGCAGCCGCAAAUCGCUUUUCUUCUUCUUCUGCUUUCAGCUCGUACCGCCACCCGAGUGUGAGAGCGUGGUGUUUCCAGCCCGUCCUUUUCUCCACCACCAUAAAGACGCCGACACCUGCGGGAGGACAGUGACCCGGGGCCACCUGCCAGGUCGGGCCUCCCUGCUCCUGACUGACUGUAUCACAGCUCCACUGCUGGUAUCAUAACAUGGGGAACCUACUGAAAGUUUUGACAUGCACAGAUCUGGAACAGGAGCCCAAUUUUUUCCUCGAUUUUGAAAAUGCCCAGCCCACAGAUGCUGAGCGAGAGGUUUGGGAGCAAGUGGACGUGGUGCUGAAGGAUGCGAAGGGGGUCCUGGACGAGCUGCAGGCAUACAAAGGAGCAGGACAGGAAAUCAGAGAGGCGAUCUCAAAUCCAAACGAUGAAGCGUUACAGGAGCAGGCGUGGGCGGCUGUGGUUCCAUUGGUGGGAAGACUGAAGAAGUUCUACGAGUUCUCCCAGAGGUUAGAGGCGGCGCUGCACAGCCUUCUGGGAGCUCUAACCAGCGAGACUUACGACGACCCCACUCAGCACCUGGAGCGGGAGCAGGCACUGGCUAAGCAGUUUGCAGAGAUCCUGCACUUCACCCUGCGCUUUGAUGAGCUUAAAAUGACAAAUCCUGCCAUUCAGAAUGACUUCAGUUACUAUAGGAGAACACUGAGCCGCAUGAGGAUCAACAACGUACCGGCGGAAGGUGAAAAUGAAGUCAACAACGAACUGGCCAAUCGGAUAUCUCUGUUCUACGCCGAUGCCACGCCCAUGCUGAAGACAUUAAGUGAUGGCACAACGAGAUUUGUAUCAGAGAACAAGAACCUGCCUAUUGAAAACACGACAGACUGCUUAAGCACAAUGGCGACAGUGUGUAAAGUCAUGCUGGAAACACCCGAGUACCGCAGCCGGUUCACCACCGAGGAGACGGUGUCUUUCUGCCUGCGGGUCAUGGUCGGGGUCAUCAUCUUAUACGACUACGUCCAUCCUGUUGGAGCUUUCGCAAAGUCGUCCAAAAUCGACAUGAAAGGCUGCAUCAAAGUUCUCAAAGAUCAGCCUCCAAACAGUGUGGAAGGCCUUCUCAACGCUCUCAGGUACACAACCAAGCAUCUGAAUGAUGAAUCAACCAACAAGACUAUCAAGAGCAUGCUACAGUAGGACUGAGCUGCUACAACCGCUUGCCUCACACUCUGCUGGAGGGAGACGCCACUCUCCCGACUGAUGUCGGUGCACAGAAUGUUUUUCCUUUUGGUUUUCGUUAUUAUUAUUUUUGGCUGUUUUUUAUGGUAAAAUUAAGAAAAAGGAAAAAAAGAGCUGCAGCUCCGCCCUCUUUUAUAUUGCAAAAUGCUACUGCCAUUAUGAACGUCUUUUUCUGUGCCAAAAAGAUGUUGCUGUAAUGUUUUUUCCAUAAAAGGCCAUGCUACAGUGGCAGCUAGCGAAAGCAUUGCGAAUCCUCUGGUGUUUUUAAAAAAUGUCUUGUUUUUUUUUUCCCUGUGUAAGGGACGGGAGUGCUUUGACUUGAAAAUUAAAAAGAGAGAGAUAUAUAGAGAAGUAUAUAUUAUUUUUGUUUGAUUCGUUAUUUAAUAUUACAUCUUCUGCAUGAUGAAAAUGAUGUCUUUUCUUUGUAUUUAAAAGAAACUAAUGGUUCGGUUUGAUUUGUCCGCUCUAUUGUGCAUUAUUAAAUGUUUCAUUAUUGAAAUGGUACUUGUUGAAAUGAGAUUUAAGAGUACUGUUUUUAUAUUUUUUAUAGGUUUUAAUUUGUGCUUAUGACUCUUUUUGUUUUCCAUAGUUGUGUUGUAUUUUUCAUUUGAAAACUUUGAAACUGUGAUGUGUGCAAAGUCAAAGUAAAAUGGGAGUGUGUACUGUAAAUGAACAGUAUGUUGUGGCCGGAGACAUUAAAAGGAGAACUCUUGUUUUCUACAAACGCCUCA